AUGGGCUACACGGACGGCGACGUAGACGCCCUGAACAUUGUCCACGUUGCCGGGACCAAAGGCAAAGGCAGUACCAGUGCUUUCACACGAUCUUUGCUGCAGGAAUGGGGCAAACGAACCGGGUUCCCUACCAGGAUUGGCCUCUACACGUCGCCGGAUCUCACAUGUAUUCGCGAGCGGAUCCAGAUCAACGGGCAACCCAUCUCCGAGGAUCUGUUCACCAAGUACUUUUUCGAGAUCUGGGACCGGUUAUUCUCACGGCAGGACCGAGUGGCGGCUGAGGACGAGAGACAGCCCCGGUACUUGCAAUUGAUUGCGUUACUGGCCAUCCACACCUUUUCGCGCGAAGGGACCCAAGCGGCCAUCUUUGAGACACACCACGGCGGCGAAUACGAUGCCACCAAUGUGUUUGCGGCGCCCGUGGUGACCGGAAUCACCUCGAUCGGACUAGAUCAUCUGGCGCAGCUGGGGCCCGGGAUCGAGGAUGUGGCCUGGCACAAGGCGGGCAUCUUCAAGCAUGGGGCUCCCGCUUUCUCUGCUCCACAAAUACCCGCGGUCGAAGCUGUGCUGAAAUCUCGGGCCGCUGAAAGGGGCGUUCACCUUGAGAUGGUCCCAGUCAAUCCCUCGCUGCCUCUCAAUGCGAAUGCGCUACGUGCGCAGGUGCAACACAUCAACUGUUCCCUGGCCAUCGCCCUCGCCAACGCCUUUCUCUCCCGAAAGAGCCCCUUUGAAGAGAAGCAGCUCGGCGAGCAGGAUGUCAGGAAGGGGAUCGAGAACUUCUCCUGGCCGGGCCGAUUUGAGGUGGUCCAGACUACCAGAUGUACGUGGUUCCUGGACGGAGCUCACAAUGAAUUGAGCAUUGGACAAGCGGUCGAGUGGUUUGCUGAGAUGACGAGGACUUCGUACGGCGACGGUGGUGGACAAGAUGCUCCGCCGUCUAUGAUCAUCUUCUCUCACAUGUCAGAAGAACGAGAUGGUCCGUCAUUAUUGAGGGCUUUGGCAAGUGCGGUUAAACAGAAUGGUGUCCCAUGUCCUGAGAUGGUGUUUACUACGUACCAGGAACGACGCGACGGGACCAUUCGACCAGACAAGACGUUGCAUGUGUCGGACAAGGUAGUGGCGGAUCUUCCGAGACAAUACUGUGACCUGUGGGGGUCGAUCUAUCCCAGCGCAAAGUCCAGCUAUGUGCCUUUUAUUGAGGAAGCACUGGAGUAUGCAGACGCAGUCGGCAUGCAGAGAGAGGGUCUGCAGGUGUUGGUGACGGGCAGCUUACACCUGGUGGGCGGCGCACUUUACCUGCUACGACGAGGGAAGGGGAGAGCGGAUGAGGACGAGGACAAGAGCAAGGACAAGGCUGAGCAUUGA